AUGGUGCUGCAAAAAGCCCUGAAACAACAACACCAAAUGACAAGCUUCGGAAACAAUGAACGAUGGAAAAGGCUCUUGAUGUGUGUUGGGUACAGUGGAAGUGGAGUGAGUGGAUCUCAAUUUCAAAGAAAUGUUUCUGUUGAGAAGACCAUUGAAGGAAAAUUGUUGAAACACAUGCAUCAAGUUGGAAUGUUAGGAGUUAAAUCACUGUCAAGACAACAAGAAAGUGAUUAUGGAAAAAAACAAGAAUUUUACACAAAACUUCAUAGUACUAUGGAAUGGAACGCAUCAAGUAGAACUGAUAAAGGAGUACACGCUAUUGCAAAUUUCUUUUCUUGCAAAAUUCCACCAACUGCUCCUAAUAUUAAGGCGAAGCUUUCGGACUGGAGGAGCGAGCUCAAUAAUUCAUUUUCAUCAGACGAUAUUCUACAAAUAUUUUACAUGGAUGUUUUAGAGGAUAACGACGAAUUUAAUUGCAGACAACUUGGAAUGUGGAGAACUUAUGAGUACUUUAUUCCUCAAUAUUGUCUAAAGGCCAUGUAUGAAGUUUGUCGAAAAAAUCAAACCUUGCCAGCAAACACAAAGCAAUCAAAUGCACAAAGAAGGGGUGUCCAAUCACAGCUUCCUGAAAUUAACUUGGAACAAAUUUGCACGAGAUUUAACACUGUUUUUUCAAAGAUGGAGGGAUUCAGAAAUUUUCAAAAUUUCACAAGCACGUCAUCGACACAGUCGAACAACUCAAUCAAAGCAGAAGACGAAGAGGAUCAAGAUGAUGAGCUAUUUCAAGAUUUAUCUCUGUCAGAUUCAUUCGGACGACAAUUUUACAGAACAGUUCUGCAAUGUCAUGCAAAGCCUCACACUCUCUCAGUGCCACAUUUCAAGUUGUACUCUUCUUCAACUCCACCUCUAUCAACAGUUGAAACUCUACGAGGAAUUGUUAUUAAGGUUACAGCUAGUGGAUUUUUGUACCAUCAAAUUCGAAAAAUGAUUGGCCUGGCGAUUUCACACUGGCUCCACCCGAAAGAAAUCGAUGAAGAAUUUAUUGAUAUUUCAUUGUUUUCACAAGAAAGAAUGUUUAUUCCAACAGCACCAGGAGACUCACUCAUUUUACUUCAUACAGCAUUAAAAGAUCUCACUCUAGAAAAACAGAUUUACAACAAUUCUGGAAAGAUACGACCAGAGUAUAUGGAUAUUUGUGCCAACAAGGAAAUGGAAACAUUCAGAACACACUCGCUCUAUCCUCAAAUCAUGUUAGAUACCUCAGCUUCAUUUAAACAUGUUCAGAAUUAUUUAUUAACAUUAUCAAACACUAAUGACAAAAAACAAGAGGAGAAAAAACCACUUCAACGAUCAUCAUGGAUUCAGCUAGCUCACGAAUUAAAAUUUUACCUGAAAGACUUGGUGGAUCAAAAAGAAAGUGUGAAAAAGAGAGCUAAAAAACAGAUUGACGAACAAAGAAGGAGAGAAGAAUGGAAGAAAAGGGACGAACAGGAACAACGAGCUGCUAAAAUUUCUACCAUUUCUGAAAAAGCAAAAGUAGGUCUUGACAGCGAAGUCAUUGAUUUUUUACCAAUUGGGUAUCGCUUGCAUUUCUAUGUGAAAUUUAGAUGCUUACCUAAUGAAGAACGAACCAUCUCGGCACUGAAUUGCUUGCAAGAAAUGAUUCGACUUGGCACCAUUCCUCCCAAAGAAAAUAACUUUCAAAUACUGGACGAGAUUGUGUUGAACAAAUUCAAGGACUCUUUUCCCGUCGUUGUGUGA